UAGCAACUUGAAAUGCUCCCAAAAAUGGCUCCACAGCAUGUAAAAAUAUAAUAUAAGCUCUGGCGGACUUGGUUCUAUGGUAGGUCUUAAAGGGUUAAGACCAAAGAGCUUGUAGUGGACUACAGGAAAAAGGAAGGUGGUACAGACAUGCCCGUUCACAUCAAUGGGUUGGCAGUUGCUUACCAUCAUCCACAUCUCUGUGGACCUCACAUGUUUGCCACAUCUGGUGUUAGGAAAGAUUAAAGCUGUUGAAAUAGACAUUUAAAAAUAAAUUCCAUUAACUGUUCAAACUACAUGUUUUUGCAACUGCACAUACUCCUCAAUAGUACAUUAUAUAGUUCAUUGUUUUUGACGGGUUUAUAAAUGACUGCAGCAUUACUGAAGUCAGACCUGAUAAAGACUGAUGGCUAAUGAGGCACUAAAAGCUCAUUUCUGUAUUUUUUCUUUUAUAGAAUUGAUGGUGUUUUUCUCACUUUUAUACUUAAAUGCAAACUGUAUAGCUAGUGUAUGGCUUCUUAUUCCAGCUUUAUCAUUUCACUCUCUGUGCUUUUUGAUAACCUCAUCAAUCAUCCUGAUCUUAAUGUUGUUUCUUUCUUGUAUUAUUUAAAUCUUUCUGCCACUGGGCUGGUAUUUGUGUUUUUCCAGGCUGUAACUAAUAUUCUUAAGGAAUGAAGGAGUAAAGUUACACAUCUGCUGUCCAUCCAUCAUCACUUUUUGUCCCAAACUAAGAUGACAGAUGGCAGGCUGUUGCCUUCACCUUUUCUUUUUUUAAAUCUUUUAAUCUUCUAACAUGCCUAAAUAUUAACACUUUAAACCAAAAAUUUAUACCAUAUCAACAAAUACAAGAUACGAGAAAGCUCUGAUGCAGUUAGAACCCAGUGACCAGCACUUUCUUUAUCUCAGUUUGGCAAGAUGCAAAAAUGAUGGAUCAUGCCAAAGUCGGAACUCCGUGGAAAAUCCAUUUUCCCCUGAGAAAACAUUUUCUUAUUUGCAUUAUCAUAUUUCACGCUUUAUGACACAAUGUGACUGAAAUGUUGUAUUUUGAGAUUUUUGAUUUUGCUCGUGGCAAAGCAAAAACGGCCUGAUGAUUAAAAUAGCUGGAGUUAACGAGGUGAGAAAAAAUAGUACUGCAAAGCCAGAGUUGGGUGGUACAGAGCUCCAAAGUAGGUUUUUUUUCUGCUCAUUAGGAUAGAGUAAGAAGAAGAGAGGAGUAAAACUUGAGUUGGUUUGCCUUAAUGUUCUUCUUCUUUAGCCACUCCUUUGUUGCCUUGGUGGUAUGUUUCAGGUCGUUGUCAUCCUGAAAGACCAAUCCAUGACCCAUUUUCAGUGUUGUGGCUGAGGAAAGGAAGUUUUCCAUCCAAGAUUUUACAGUGCACAGACCCAACCAUUCACCUGUAGCAGAAAAACAGCCCCAAAGCAUAAUUUUUCCAUCUCUGUUCUUGAUUGUGGAGUUUGUGUACUUUGGGUCAUACUCAACAAUUCUGUUUGGCCUGUUUUUGAUUGAUUGCACCAGCAGCUGUCAGCUUCUCACCAAGUUUCUUGAUGAUAGCCUUGUAGCCCAUUACGGCCUUGUGCAGGUCUGCAAUCUUGUCCCUGACGUCCUUUGACAGUUCUUUGGUUUUACCCAUGUUGGUGAAGAGGUUGGAUUGGAAGAAAAUGAUGCUAUGGACAGGUGUGCUUUAUACACAUAACAGAUGAGAUCAGGAAUAUCUGUAAUUGCUUGCUUGAUUGAUUGAGUGACUAUAAUCUGUCUGCCACAUGAGCACAAAAACUGUCUGUGGGAGCCAGAAAUCUGGUUGUACGGAAUCAAAUACUUAUUUCACCCAGUGACAUGCAAACUAAAUCAUAACUUUAAUCAACUUGUUUCAAUGUAUGUGUUCAUUUCUUUGUAAGUGAUCAAACAUAGAAAUUCAGCAGGAGAUCAAAUCGUUAUUUCCCCCAUUGUAUAUCUCCUACACAACAUUAAACCCACCUCCAUAAUAUCAGGGCAUAGACAAGGGACCUUACACUUGUUUAGUCAAUACACUGGCUAAAAAGGGACUCUUUCAAAUAGAUUUCUUAAGGGGUGGCCACAGCAGAUCGUCUGCCUCCAUUUCACCCUCUCCCCUCCUACUUCCUCUGUCACCCCAACCCUUCUCAUGUAGUACAUCCAUGAACCUUUUGUGUGGUUUUCCUCUUUUCCUUGUUCCUGGCAGCUCCAUACGCAACAUCUUUUGUACAGUACUUAUCCCUCCUCUGCACACGUCAAAACCAUCUCGGCCUUCCCUCUCUAAUGUUGUUUCCAAACCUGCUCAGCCUGAGCUGUCCCUCUGAUAUACUCAUUACUAAUCUUGUUUCUCCUGGUCACUCCUAAUGAAACGUUUUAACUACAACUAUGCUACCACCAGCUCUGCCUCCUUUUGUUAGUAUCAACAUCUCCAAACCAUACAUCGUAGCAGGUCUCACUAUCAUAAAGUAAACCUUCUCUUUUAUUCUUGCUGCUAUCCUUCUGUCACAAGUCAGCCUUGACACAAGCCCUUUUGCUUGAAAUCAGGUCCUUUUAUUCUCAUAAUUUACAAAAGUGGAGGGAUAGUAAAAAAAAAUUUAAUUGUAAAAAAGUUGUAACCUUGAAAGAAACCAUUGUGAUCCAGCACAAAAUGCUAAAGCCUGACAUCAGCAUCAGAUAAACUGUGGGAUGCAUUUUUGCUAAAGGCAAAGAAGUGACAUUUAGUUUUUUACACUGAAAAGGAUUUUAGAAUUGCUCUUCUGAACCAGAAUGGUUACAGCAAGUAAAGCAUGUUUGUUUUCAGCCCAGUUUAAUUGGUGUUAUUAUUUCCCAAUAAAUUUUACAGCUGCCAUGUUGGGUGCGGUCUCAGUCACUGUAGUGCUCUGAAUGUGUUAUAGCUCUGAUAUUGCAUUUCUUAUUUUUCAGCGGGACACUCAGAACAGAACUGGAAGGAAUUUAAAAAAUUUUCACCCAGGAUUUUCAUCUGGAUCUGUUGGAGUCUGUCAUGUUCCUAACAGUUCACAAAUCUGCUUUUAUCCGAUCACAUUUCAUGUAGUGAACUUUAUCUAACAGGAUAGGCUGGCCCGUUCGUGACCGGAGAGAUGGCGAGCCAUUGUCUCAGACCCUCGUAUCUGCUGUGAAAUAUUUGCUUUGGCAUCGGAAAACUGGGAGUGUUGGCAGUUUUCCAAAUAAACAUAAGAUGUCUUUACUACAGCAUUGUGUCUCACUUCCACUCCACCCUUCUGCAUGUAUUUAAGAAGGGAUAAAGCCUCUUUUUUUUGUCACUAAGAGGAAUCCCAGUUCGCCCCCAUGGUACUGCAGAGAUAGACGGCUUCUAUCAGACAGGGAGAGACAGAAUGAGGCGAGUUGAGCGGGGGUUUAGCUACUGAGAAGCAGGUACCCCUGUAGGACACAUUGUUUUGAUAGAUUUGGGGUUGAUGAUAUUUUGGGAUUCAGCUGCAGGGGACUGUGAGGUGAAAUGAUGUCCCCAUUGUUCGACUGUGUCUCAGAUCCUCCACAUCUGCUGUUAGCUCCUACUCUAGCAAACACAAGUAGAUGACUGAGAACUCGGCCUCCCAUGAUGGACAAGAAAAGUGCCAAUGGCUUUCAGUCCAAGGCCAGUGAGGGUGGUGUUCAAAGGAAGCAGCUGCCCUACUCAGUGGAGACUCCCUAUGGCUUCCACCUGGAUCUUGAUUUCCUCAAGUAUGUUGAUGAUAUUGAAAAAGGCAACACAAUCAAAAGGGUCCACAUUCAGCGCAGGGUAAAGGGCCCACCUAAAUUCAGCACUCUGCCCAGAAAUUUUAGUCUUCCUGGGCAUGGAGUAAGGCCUCCCCCAAAGGAAAAGGACAGUACUUGGUCUGGGACGUCUACCCUGGGUCCCAAGCCUAAAUCACGAGUGACAGAGGUUCAACAGAUCUUUGACUUUCGAGCAAAUGAAGGCGUGAUUUCCAGCCAGAGCAGCAGGGGGACCACAAGUCCAGGAACUAGCUAUGUUUCAACUAAACCCAAAGAUGAAGUAGGCGCGGGGGCUCGCGGUGCUGAAGACAAAACUGGGGGGAUUCAGAUUCAGAGUCGUCCAAAUCUGCUCAGAGCAUCGAGCAUGCCCAUCACGCUACAGCAGCGUAAGAGUUCAGAUUCAAGCAGUCCUGACCGUACCGUGGGAACACCAGAAAACGGCUCAACAGAGAACAUGUUCCGGGCUUCACCAGACGUAACAGAAAGACGCUGUGUUCCCCAAGAUCGAGCAGGUCUUCACCAGCAGAUUACUGUUGCACUGAAGCGGGUCAGAGAGCUCGAGGAACAGGUCAAAACCAUCCCAGAACUGAAAGCUCAGAUCUGCUCUUUGAGGGAGGAGCGGGAGCAGCUGCUUCUUCAGCUACAAGCACAAGCCAAGGCCCAGGCUUCCAAAUUAUCUGCUACAGUACCAACAGGUUACGAUUCUAGGACAAAUAAUCAAUCGCAAGGACAGAGACCUUCACAGGAGAUGAAGUUAGUUCUAAAGACUCAACCCACUGGACGUUUAGAAGACACAAGUCUUGGGCCAUCAAACCAAGCUGCAGGGAAGGAGAAACAAGGUGAGACAGAGAAAACUAACGUGUUACUAUCUGAAGUGGAGAGCUCGGCACAAGGAGAAAGUAGCAUGUCGUCAGCACAAGAAGUGGAGAGACAAUCACUGCAGCUGGACAUACUUGAAAAACAAAAAGAAACAGAGAGUCCACUGGGACAGACAGUGCAAAAACUGCCACGAGACAUUUCAGGGGAGGAAUUACUAUCUAUCACAGUGGCUUUAAAAGAAACAGAGACUGCAGCAAAAGAAGGAAAACCAAAGGAUCCAGAUGAUAUGAAGAAGUUGCAGGAGAAGCUAACAGUACUAGAGGCUAAACUUAUUCAGGCUAGCCAGGAGCUAGAGAGCACUAAUGCUCUUUUGAAACAGCAAAUAGAGGAGAACAAGCUAAAAGAGGAGAGAAUACUACAACUGAGUGAGGGAACGAGAGUGGAGGUUUGCACCGCACAUGAACGUCCAAGAAGAGAGAGCAUUGACACAGGGACAGUGACAGAAAGGAUAGAUUUUACCCACCAAGAAACAGAGACAGAAUCGCCUGGUACUGUAGAUCAGGGGACAGACACUGAAAAAAUCUGCAUUGAAGUGUGCAUACCAAAACAAGAGACUAAAAGUACAGAUCAAGGACCAGUGACGGGAAAAGCUGACACGCAUGACCAGGAGACAGAGAUGGAGGCAGCGAUAACAGCGACAAGUCCACCGAGGCCCAGAGCCAACAGCAUGGAACGAGGCACACUAACCGAGAGCAUCAUCACCCUGGAUCAGAUGACCGAGACCCCCGUGGCCGAAAGGGUAAACCAAGUCACAGAAACAGAAGGCGAGAUGGUGACGGACCAUCCUCACAGACCGAGGGCCAGCAGUGUUGACAGAGGGACAGAGACAGAAAGGGUGGGCACUGUGGACAGAGUGACAGAGACAGAGGUAGCCCAGAGAGCAGACCAGCAGACUGAGACAGAGAUGGAGAGACGUCAUGACAACAACCCAGCCAGAGGUGUAGAAGCAGUGAGUCAAGUGAGUGAGAACACAGGCAGCCAAAGAGACGAAGUCGUGGUGAGCGAAAGAACAGAAGACAGGGAAACAUACGAAAGAAUUCAAAGAGAGAGUGAACGUUUAGUUGCUGAGGUUUUAUCAGAAAGCUCAGCGGCAGCUGUAGAAAGCAUAAAAACUUUAGAUGUUGUUAGGAAGAAUGAAGAGUGCGCCAGUUCGGCUGCUAAAGCAGAAGAAAAUAAGAUUAAAGUGAGUUCUGAACAAGAUGACUCAGAAACAAAAGAAAUUACAGAAGUGGUUGAAACAAGCCCAGCUGCCCUAGAGACUACAGAGAAGAAAGAAACAGGAGCCGGGGAGGUUAUGUCUGCAGCAGUCAAAGAAACUGUAGCCGCUGACACUGUUGCAGUAACUGAGGGGAAUUCAGCUGUGAAGACAGCAGCUCCUGUAAGACCACAAAGAGGCAGGAAACCCUCAGUGGAGCAAACUCAGCCGUCACCUCCUCAACUUCAGGUGGUGCCUGUGCGUCCUCGUAGGGGAUCCAGUGAAACUCAGACCCAGCCGCAGACGAAAACCCAGCCCCAGGUGCAGGAACAGAGUGCAGCUCAGCUUGAAGCUCGGUCCCCAGAACAGCUCUCUGAAACACAGGUAAAACAUCAAACACCGUCUGUGCCUCAGGUUGAGGACCACACUAUAGCAAAGAAACCUCCUGGAGGGUCUGGAGAGAAGCAGUCUGAAUCUCGACUUCAGUCUGAGACUCAGGCCGUGUCUCCGGGCUCUAGUGAAGUCCAAGUCAGGCCUAAAUCAAUACAAGCGCAAUCUCAAACUUCUGCACCUCGGCGGGACUCAAAAGAGCUGAAAGCACCGCAGAGGGUGUCUGGUGCAUCACACACUCCUAGACGGGGAUCGGGAGAAGCCCAGACCCAACCACCUCGCCAAGCGUCAAGCGAUGCUCAAACUCAACCUCAGGGUUCACGUAGAAGCUCCAGUGAGGCUCAGGCCCCUCCGAAAGAUGCCAGUGAGACACAGUCACUGCGCAGAGGCUCCAGUGAAGCAGCUCAGCGCCGUGGCUCAAGCGAAGCCCAGGGUUCACGUCGCGACACCGGGGAGGCCCAGCCUCCUCGAAGAGGCUCCAGCGAAUCACCAACAUCGCCUGCAGCUUUGGGUCAAGUUGUAACUCGGAUAACGGGGCUGCUAGGAGAGCAGUGGGCACAUCUCGGAAGCAGCUCUGGCACUCAGCAAACAGCCAGCCAGCAGGAGAGCGCGAGCACACAGAAAAAGACGACAGGGAAAAGAGCAGAGGCUGGAAAGGCAACGUCAGCCAAGCCAGCGGGGAAAGCAGCCCCACCAGCAGCAGUGACAGGGAAACCAGCGGGGAAACCUGGUACUUCCAAAAUGAGCUCCAUUCAGAGCCAACUGGUCAGCUCCCUCAGUGUCCUCUCUGCCUUCUACUCCCCAAGCCAGAAGGCGGCUGCUGCCAGCAAACAGCAAGAACAAGGUCUCAAAUCCAUCAUGAAGAAAAAUGGUGCAGCAGGCAAGCAGGGGAACAAGGGAGCCAAGAAAAACCUGAAGUUUGUGGGGGUGAAUGGAGGAUAUGAGACGACAUCCAGUGAAGAGUCCAGUGGAGAUGAGAAGUCAAAGGUGGAGGUAGAAGAGGAAGAUAGCUCAGAACCAGAAGUGGAGAAGGAGCCUGAGAAGGAGCCUGAGAAGGAGCCAGAGGAGGGAGCAGAAGCCCAGAGAAAAGUUGCAGAGGUCCCAACUGAGGGAGGAGGUGACGUGGCUAAAGAGAAGGAGACUGAAAGAGGUCUGCUGGAUCCAGAAAGUAGCCAGGAGCUCCUGGAAGAGCAGGCUGGAGGGGGAAAAGUCGACAAGGGGUUUAUAGAUGCAUGCCUUUAUGUAAAGGACCGCAUGGAGGAGGUUUCAUCCCCAGAUAAAGAAAUGCGCCAGGUUUUAGUGGUGCUCUACCAGGAGUGGUUCAGAGUCUCCAGUCAAAAAGACUCGCAGGCAGAUACUGUCAGAUUAUACCUGCGACAAGUGGGGAUGACCACACCCACUCUCCUGCCAUAUGUUGUUAACUUGACAGACGGCAAUGGGAAUAUGGCUCUUCACUACAGCGUGUCACACUCCAACUUCCCUGUGGUUAAACUGCUGCUGGAUACCGGCCUGUGUGAAACAGACAAUCUCAAUAAGGCAGGCUAUACUCCAGUGAUGCUGGCUGCUCUGACGGCUGCUGAGAGCCCCGAUGAUCUUGAAGUGGCACAGCAACUGUUGAAAGUGGGAGAUGUCAACGCACGCUCCAGACAGGCGGGCCAGACAGCACUCAUGCUUGCAGUGAGCCAUGGCCGCGUUGCCAUGGUGAAGCUGCUCCUGAGCUGCGGCGCGGAUGUAAAUGCCCAGGACCGCGAGGGCUCGACGGCCCUGAUGUGUGCCAGCGAGCACGGGCACACGCACAUCGCUCGCCUGCUGCUGGAGACAGGUCGCUGUGAUACCAGCCUCAAAGAUAAGAACGGUCAGACGGCUCUGUUGGUGGCAGAAGGAGCCUCUCAACAAGACAUAAUUGACCUUCUGAAGGCCAACGCUGAGGUCCAAACCUCUGAGUCCACAAGCACCACAGACCUCCACUGAGUCAGAGUUCUCCAAACCAUCCCAGCUCGCCAUUCAACCGCUCAACUGCUCUGUUUCCGUAAACCGUGGCCGCCAACGUGGGGAACAAAAACACUGAAAUAAACACACGGUGAUACUGCAGACAUCAUAAGACGUGGCAGGAGCUUUUCUUCCACGUCUAUGCCAGUAAUGCUGGUGGGUGUUGAUGGAUAUGCUGCAUCAACCGCUCAGGUCCACAGCUGAGGGUCCCGACAGCCUGAUGAGAAGACGUUUUAUAGGACACAGGGUGAGACUAUAAAGCAGGACAACACAUUGGGCGGCCUAGCAAGUGGACAGAGAGAGCCUCUGAACUGCUGCUUCCUAUCAUCAGCUAACUCUUAAAGCAAAAUACUAAGCACAUGACCUACCUUUGCAAAUAUAGAAUAUGAAAUAAUACAUUAUUUCUAUUUUUUUCCCUUUCAUGACAUUGAAAUCAGUCUUUACGUAUUUGGACAUAAGCCAUUAUUAAGGACAUACUUUAUGUAGAAUAGAUUAUAAUCACAAAAACUGUAUUUUCUACUGCACUUUUUUUUUAAAUUGUUGAUGUGUUUCGUAAAUAGUCCUCUAUAAUAUUGGUGUCCAGAUGAAAUUAUAUAUCUCCGAAAAGCAUUCAUUAGGAAUUUGAAUAACAGAAUAUAACUUAUAACAGAAUAUAUUUGACAUUCAGUGUAUCGUUUUUGCCGUACUACCCAUCGCUUUUCACAUGUGGGACAUGGGUGCUCAUCAGCUGUGUGUUAAUGAGAAACAAAUCCUUUCUGUGGGACAUUAAACUAUUUUUUAUAACCACAACAUGACCAGGCUGAAGAAAGAUAACGCUCUUCUCUUAUGAAGAUUGUACUGCAUGCCAAUACGUUUACUCCCCCUACUGGCUGUCUUAUAGUACUAAACAGCAGUAUGUUGUAGCACUGUCUGUUCUCAUAGCGACUCUCUCUUUCUCUGCAUCUCCCGCCUUCAGUUCAAAUAUAUUGUAUGCCUUGUUCGCCUACUCGUUUUAAAAUCAAACCAUGUAUGCAACUGCUACAAAAUGCACAAUGAAUGUCAGGCUGGCUGUGACACAUUCCAGGAAACUAAUGUAGCAAGUUUAAAUACACUGGCAUGGGCUUUACGACUAACAGACACAGACUGUCAGUGGAUGUGGCAGACAUUGGAAUGAGUCUGGUUAUAUAUAUUACGCGUGGCGAGACACAUCGUCUCGUCCUUGCUUUCGUGAGGUCUCAUUUCAUAAAUGGUAAGACAACAUGGUAAAUCUGACCCGAGGUUUGGGUUGAAGGUAGGGCUGGGACUUGGGUUUGCGUUUAAAGAAGCAAUAGCAAUUGAAUACUACCUUACUGUCAGUCAUAAAGUAGGUCGAGUGAGUGACCUUGGUCGAGCCUUAAUCAGAAAACACAGGACAUAAGAUGUUUUCCACAGUGUUGAUGUUUUUGUACCGCAAACCUACGUUCGUAUUCCUGAGCUAAUAUAAAGCAGGAGUAGCGGUCUUUAAAAUAAAGUUUACAGUUUCCCACUCAGUGACCGCUGCUGAUGUCAAACAGUCCCGUAUGUUUACAGUUAAAUGAAAUGCUGAAAUGAUACAACAGAAUGGCAUAAAAUGAUCUGUAAUAUAACAUUAUUAUUAUUAUUAAUUUUAGAUAAUUCAUGUAGUUCAUGGACUGCAAAGGAAAUAGGGGGAGUAAGCCUAAAUUAGAAAAGAAAAUUGAUAGGCAAAUCGAUCAAGUUCAUUGUAAGCCUCUCUUUUCACCUGAUUAUGAUCAUAUUUAUGACUACUCUGAUCUUUGUUCUCUUUUUUAAAGAGUUGGAGGUGGGAUUUAAAGGGGAAUACCACUUACUACUUUAACAACUGCCAUAUAUGUGACCUAUGACCAUGAUCCAGUCUGAAUUUACAAAAGAAAAAAAGCUACACUCCAGACAGCUAACAAAAGGAAACGCUGAACAUUUUUCUAGCAUACAGACAAAUCAAACCUAUCAGCUGUUAUUAUCAUUUAUUAAUAAAACUGGAUUAGCAGUUGAAUAUUUGUGGCCAUAGUGAUACAUCAUGUCAUUGGAAUACAUUACCAUUUUGUCUUAAUUGGUAUUAAUUUGGGGGGUUUUUGCAGUGGGGUUUGUCAUUCUAGUUAAUGUUUUCGGACACAAAUAUAAAAAUAUGUAGACUGACCAUGACGCAGGACUCAUUUUAAAUGAAGUAUAUUAUAUAGAUCUAUAUACUUUGACUUAUAUAGUACAUUUACACAAGAAAAUACCUUUUUUCACACUGACUUAGUAAUCAGAUAAGUAUUUGUGGGGGCUCACAAAGUAGCACAGGUUCUCUCCACAACGACGCUGCAUUCACACAACAUCAGUAAAUCUCAAUGUUAACUCUGUGCAGCGCAUCUGAUCAUCACUGACUGUCUGUGUAUGAAGGAACAAAAAUAAGAGUCUGUACAGCCGUAGCUUCCUGCAUUGCAGACAGCCAAAGGAUGAUCGGGAGGGCGCUGCGAGAAUUAUCUGGUGAAUCUGGUCUUCCGUGCCUGCGUAUAAGUCUCUAUGAAAAUCUAUAUGUUUAAUCCCCUGUGACCCAGAUAUUAUAAGGUUUCACAUGAGCACCAAAGAAUUGAAACCAAAUCUGUUUCACACGGGACUAAAUAUGUAUGUUAUCUUUUCCUGUAAAUCCAGCCAAAUAUAUGUAUAUGUACAUACAGUAUUGUGAAAAGUAUAUAACAAGUAUUGUCUGACAGUUUGCUCUAAGAUUACAGUAUUUAUUCCAAAUGCUAUAUUUUUUAUCGUAUAAUAUACCUAUGUAUGCAUGGACAAAUAUUCAAGUGAUACAGCUCAAUGGGAAUUUUGAAUGACUGAAAAUUGUACUGAGUAUACCCUGAUGAUGUGAUCAUUUAACUUAUCUUUCAUCGGUUGGGUGGUUAUAGUACAUAGUGUGAUUUGAUGAGGUUGUGGACUGUCAUGUAUCCUUUAAUGCUACUCUUGACAUUUCAGAUCUGACACUGACUUAAGCUAUGAGAGCAACGUCUCCCUUGUUUGAAUAUCAAAGUGGAAAUCCGAGCCGACGUACAUGACAGAGUCAAAUGUAAAAAGUUGUACCUCUCUGUAAGAUUCCUUGUACAACAGGCUUGUAUGUUACAAACCAGAGAAUUAAUUCUAAAUAAAUAAAUGAUAAACUCA